UCUAUGGAGCUGUGUGGUCCCAACAUGAGUGAGAAUGGAGGCUCUCUGUGCCAGGUGAAGCGGCUGCCCCCCCUCUGUCGGCUGCAGGCCGGGGGCCACCACCUGAGGACCCCGCCCCACCAGCCCCACCAGCCCCACCAGCCCCACCAGCCCUGGGUCGCCCCCCCCGCCCCGGCCAUCGCCUCCGCUCCGUCCGCGGCCCUCCGCCACCGGACCAGUGAGGCCAUGGUGGCGGGCGGCUGCAGCGACCCGGAGUGUGGAGGCUCCAGGCUGGGGGAGGAGGCGGCGCUGGCCCCGGGGGGCUCCACUGGGAGGGUGGUGGUGACGGGUGGAGGAGGAUACUUUGGAUUCAGACUGGUGAGAGAACUGGCCAGUCAGGGGAUGAACGUCAUCCUGCUGGACAUGAACAAACCUCCCUGUGAAAUCCCUGAUGGAGUCAUCUUCUGUCAGAGUGACAUCCGGGACUAUUCCUCCCUCUAUAAGGUUUGUGAAGGGGUCGACUGUAUAUUCCACACAGCGUCUUAUGGCAUGUCUGGACCAGAGCAGCUGAGGAAAGAGCAGGUGGAGUCAAUCAAUGUUGGAGGGACCAAUAAUGUCAUAAAUGUGUGUAAGGAGCGAGGCGUCCCCAGACUGGUCUACACCAGCACCGUCAACGUGGUGUUUGGUCAGAAGCCGGUUGAGGACGGAGACGAGACCUCGGUGCCGUGUGUCCCCCCAGACCAGCACAUCGACCAGUACUCCAGGACUAAAACCAUAGCAGAGCAGAUGGUCCUCUCCGCCGACGGCUGCUCCCUCAAAGGUGGCGGCCUGCUUCGUACCUGCGUCCUGCGUCCCUGCGGCAUCUACGGCCCCGAGGAGAGGAGACACCUCCACAGGAUGAUGCUGAACGUGGAGCGUGGGUUGCUCAUCUUCAGGUUUGGUGACCCUCAGGCCAGGAUGAACUGGGUGCACGUAGACAACCUGGUGUUGGCUCACAGGCUGGCAGCCGAGGCUCUGACAGCUCAGAGGAGCUGCGUCGCUAGUGGACAGGCCUAUUUCAUUAAUGAUGGAGUCUCAGUCAAUGUGUUCGAGUGGGUGACACCUUUGAUUGAGAAGCUGGGCUACAGCCGGCCCUUGAUAAACCUUCCUGUUUCACUCGUCUAUUCAGCAGCCACCCUGGUGGAGUAUCUGCAUGUCGCCCUGAGACCUGUGAUAGAAGUGCCUGUCCUCUUCACCAGAAGUGAGAUGAGAACCAUCGCGAUGAGCCACACCUUCAAGAUCGACAAGGCUCGGCGGGAGCUGGGUUACUGCCCCAAGACCUACAGCCUGGCCGACUGCGUGGACCAGUUCCUGAAGACCAGACCUCCUCGAUCCAGAUCGGCUCUCCUCAGCUCCUCCUGGACCUCCCAGCUGCCUCAGCACCUCCUCCUGCUCCUCCUGCUGCUGAUGGGCCUCAGCCUGCUCAUGCUGUCCUGCAUAUUCUGUCAAAAUUAAACAUUUUUCGCUGGAAAGUCCUGGAUGGAAACCUGCACAAUAAGCUAUGUGAAGUUUAUAGAAACCAUUAUUAUGCAAUAAAAUAUGCCCUAAAAUCAGGUUAUAUCACAGCUUCUUCCACCUUGUUGAUGUUGGUGUAUGUGUGUCUAAUUCCCAGAUGAUGAAAAAAAACCCGAGUUGUGUGAAUGUAAUUUCUCUAUAGUUUGAAAUUACUAUAAUUUCAUUAAAAUGAAGAAAUAUUUUACUCUGUAUGGCAAAUAUUUGAACUCUGAUUGUAUGCAUGUUCCCAGGUUCUAUGAUAAAGAUUUGUUGUGGUUGAUGUAGUAUUUAAUUAGUAAUUUUGUACGCUUUUAGAAAUAAAAACAUUAAC